UUGUAGUCUCCCUUCCCUCUUCUUCGAGCCCUCUUCCUCUCUCUCCCUGUCUCGCGCUCGAUAACUGAUUUCUCUUUCUCUUCUUUGCAUCGUCUCAUCCACCUUUGCUCUCUCAGCUUCGGGUUUCUUCAAUCUCCCACAGGAGUCCUUGCUGCGCUCUUCUUUGGUUUCUGGUUUUCUUUGGGCCCCCAGAAGAAAAUCCCACUUCUUGUCAUGGACUACGAAGCUUCCGAUAGUAGCGAUACCGAUGACGAUCUUCCUCCAUCUCACCAAAACAGAGUUCCAAGAAGGAGCCACGCCACAGGAAAUGGAAGGUCUGCUGUAGGUUCUAUCUCAUACCUUAGGAUGCAUGGUGACAUGGAGGCUGAAAUUCAUCACCUUGAGCAAGAGGCAUAUUAUUCUGUACUGCGUGCUUUUAAAGCUCAGUCCAAUGCCAUUACUUGGGAGAAAGAAGAAAUGAUAACUGAACUUAGGAAAGAAUUGAGAGUAUCAGAUGAUGAACACAGGGAGCUUCUGAGCAAGGUUAAUGCUGAUGACAUCAUUCGUAAGAUAAGGGAGUGGAGACAGUCAGGUGGGCAGCAACCUGCCAGGUUCAACACAUCUCAGCUUGAUCAUGAUCUUGUACCCAGUCCUACUGUUUCAGCAUCCCGCAAGAAACAGAAGACAUCCCAAUUGGUUCAGCCAUUGCCUGCUUUAUCCUCAAUGAAGUCCAUGCAGUACCGUUCCACAGGUCCUGCUGGAAGUAGGCAUUUCUUGAAUCGCAGCUCUUCUGUUGUCCUUUCGACAAAUGAGCGUACUGAAGCGACAACGUUUGAGCCAUUAAUUGGAAGGAAAGUGUGGACAAGAUGGCCUGAUGACAACAAUUUCUAUGAGGCUGUCAUAACAGAUUACAACCAUGCUGAGGGCCGGCAUGCUUUGGUAUAUGACAUGAAUACAGCUAGUGAGACCUGGGAAUGGGUUGACCUCAAAGAGAUAUCUCCCGAGGAUAUCCGAUGGGAAGGUGAGGAGCCAGGCAUAAUGCAUAGAGGGGGCCACGGUGGGCAAGCCCGUGGGGUUAGAAAACCCUUGAGCCAUACUGGUAUUAUUUCAAGUGUCGGAAGAGGGAGAGGAUCCACAAAGAGUCACUCCAAAAAAGAAUUGCUUCCAACACAAAAUGGUAUUGGGAGGAAAGUUUCUGAUGAUCUAGAAUUGCUUAACACUGAUUCAUUGGUAAAGGAGGUUGAGAGGGUUUUCAGUGCUAGUCAUCCAGAUGCUUCUGAGCUUGAAAAGGCGAAGAAAAUGCUUAAAGAGCACGAACAGGCACUCAUUGAUGCAAUUGCUAGGCUUGCAUAUGCGUCCGAUGGUGAAAGUGCAGAUGGAGAGCAGCCCCUUUUGAACGGGCAAUCUAUUGGAUGAGAAUGGAGAAAAUAGAAAUAUGUUGGAAACUAUCAUUAUACCAACUGCAAGACUGGGUGGGUGAAGGAUUGAUUGGUUGCUUUCAAGGUUAUUUAUGGACACCUACUUGGAAACCACACUACCUUGCUUUGGUCAUUUGGAUAUAUCAGAGACUCUGAAAGAAAGAGGAUGUUUUCAUUCGUGAAGUAAAAUUUCCACCAGCCUGGUCUCGGUUUAAAUAUUUAUGUAAUGGCGGUGGAUAAUAUGUAAGUAAAGAUUCAAAGAUUUUGUUGGUACUAAUGGCCUGGCUGGCUGUGCCUUCUGAUGUUGUGGGUUGCACUUCUAAUGCCCUCCCGGAAACCCGCUUUUUCUUGUUAAAUAUUCGGACUUCUUUUGGUUGUA